CUGGAGAGAGAGAGCGGGGAGGAGCGGUAGUAGCUGCAGCUUAGGGUGCAGCGGGAAGUGCGUGAGGAGAGCGGGGAAAGAGCGCCGAGCUAAAAGAGACGCAACAUGCAGCCAGCAUCUGCAAAGUGGUACGAUAGAAGAGACUAUGUCUUUGUUGAAUUUUGUGUGGAGGACAGUAAAGAAGUAAAAACAGACUUUGAUAAAAAUAAAUUAACAUUCAGUUGUCUUGGAGGAGCAGAUAAUGUAAAAUAUUUAAAUGAAGUUGAACUUUUCCAGUCUAUUGAUCCCAACGAGUCCAAACAUAAAAGAACAGACCGAUCUGUUUUAUGUUGUUUACGAAAAGGGGAGUCUGGACAAUCGUGGCCACGGAUUACAAAAGAAAAGGCAAAGCUAAAUUGGCUUAGUGUUGACUUCAAUAACUGGAAAGAUUGGGAAGAUGACUCUGAUGAAGAUAUGUCAAAUUUUGACCGCUUUUCUGAGAUGAUGAACAAUAUGGGUGGAGAUGAGGAUGUAGAUUUACCAGAAGUAGAUGGUGCAGAUGAUGAUUCACCAGACAGUGACGAUGAAAAAAUGCCUGACCUUGAAUAAGAAGUCCUCUUGCGGUUUGGGAAAGGGAUGGGAAAAUAGGUGGAAAGCAAAAUAUUUCAACACACUGCAACAGUUGCUGAUAUCUGAGUUGUAAAUACAGUUACUGAGUACUUCCAGUCAGCCUUGUUUGUUUAUCACCACCAAAUGGCUUUCAUUGAGGGUUGGAGACUACAGUUGUACAGUGCAUCCUUCAGACCAUUGAGCCUCUUCUAGAUGUACUUUUUAGAUUACCUGUAUUUAUGCAAGACUUCACAGCCAUCCUUGGUAUUGCAUAUAGCCACAAUAUCAAUGCACUUACAUUUUUUUUCAAGGGAGAAGGUGGGGGUGUUCAUCUCAUCUCAAGCAGCAGGUCACUUACAUGUGUAUCUCUUCUGACAGCACAUUCCCAAAAUUUCCCAAAUAAUUGUACUCAUAUAGCGAUUGUAAUUGAACCCAGGUUAGGUUUUUUCAUUGUGGAUCAUAAACACAGCCAAGUGGUUGAAAAGCAUUGUACUGGGAUGCACAGUUGGGUUUUGCUUGUAGGUCCUGCUUUGGAUGGCACUGGGUUAUAAGUAAAAGUAAUGUGGGCAAAUGAAGAGUGUUAGAGACAUCAGCAAUUUAAUCAUAGAAAGUUGUCUUUCAAGUAAUGCAAUUGAUCGUUUUAAAUCAAUGUAUAAUUGCAGAAGUAUCAAUUUUCAGAUCACUUUACAGUAAACCUGCAAAGAAAUUGUAGAAAGAAAUAAGGGAAUAUAAAACAAUCUACAGCUUUUCUUUUUCUCCUAACUAGUUUUACGUAGUGUUUGCCCAGUCAUGUGACUUUUGGGAGUUUAUAUUAAAUGCAGCGCAGAACGUAAUUUUCCUUUAAUAGUCUCUUCUGUCAAUACUGUGACACAAACUGAUUUUAUUUACCUUAAUUUUGGUGUGCUUAUGUAUUUUUAAUGCUUUAAUACAACCAUAAAAUGUGUUCCUCGUAUCAGUUUCCAGUAGUACAUUCUAUUCAUUUGCUACCCCUGAUUCAGAUAACAGAUUUUUAGGACAUCCGUAAUCUGUAUGCAACAUUUGUCAGUGAAUUCAAUACAUGUGCUUUUAGAAGGGCUGUCUGGGUUAUUCAGAUUCAGGGUUUGUGGACACCAAGAAUGACCAUAAAAACUUGGUUCUCACAGCCCCUGAAACAUGCCUGUACAAUUGUUUUUUCCACCCUUUUGCAACUCUACGUUUGGAAGAGUGCAGCCAGCUGUACAUUAUUUCUCAUCAGUCUGUACAUUUAGACCAAAUUGUAUUUGCACUGUCACAGUAUAUAUUAAAAAAGAGUAACAAUGUUAAUACACUAUUCUGUUUUGUUUUAUUCCUUUUUUUUUUUUUUUUGAUCAGGAAAAGAUACCUAAAGUUGUAUUGGAAGUUGUGGGGAUUUUUUUUAAUUGUCUGCAUUAUUUCUAAUAAACUGUUAAGAGAC